AUGACCUCCCCGUCAUUGGUCAUCUUUGGGCCGCAGUCCAGCACGCCGUCAGCUGACAAGCUGGUGCAGCUGCGGUCCGCGCUCCACGCGAAUCCCCGGCUCGGCGACUUUGCGUCAGCCGUGCUCGACCUCGGCAGCGCGUGGGGCGAGCUUGUCAGCUCGGAUCCUGCACUCGGCCGAGUCCCGGGACAACAGCUCCUCGGCAGCCUCGCGGCGUGGUUCAGCAAAGCCAACACGAGCGCCGAGCCGCCAGCCGAUUUUUCGCGCCUCAACAUCCUGCACACGCCGCUGACGGUUAUAAUCCACGUUGUCGACUACUUCGACUACCUGCACACGACCGGACUUUCUCAUGCCCAGCUGCUCGACAGCGCCACACACGGCAAUGGUGGCUACCAGGGCUUUUGCACGGGGCUGCUCGCAGCCGUAUCGCUGGCCGCGGUCAAGGACGAACAAGAUGCCAUCCAGGCGGCUACCGCCGCGCUGAGGCUGGCAGUGGCCCUCGGUGCCUACGUGGACCUCGACGGCCUCUUCGCCGACCCGCCAAGGGAAUUCUCGUGUCUCGCCGCGCGCUGGAAGAACCCGGCGGACCAGGCACGGGCCAUGAAGGAAGUCGAUGACCUGCCAGAUGCAUAUGUCUCGGCGGUAUCAGACGUAUCGACAGUCACGGUCACGCUACCGAGAGAAUCCCAGGACAAGCUGGUCGAGAAGCUUGCUGGUCUUGGGGUCACCACACGUCCCAUCCCGCUCGGCGGGCGCUUCCACACGACGGCGCACGAGCAGAGCCUCGCCAAGGCCGUGUCCUUGGGCAACUCCAACCCGAGGUUCCGGUUUGCCGCCGCAACCAACAGCCCGGCACUCCGUCUCGUCAAGACCGGGACGGGGUCCGUCAUCGACAUCAACGACGCCACCCAGCUCCAUCAAGUCGUGGCCCGGUCCAUGCUGGUCGACCGGUCCGAGUGGAGCACCUCCAUCCGCGCAGCAGUGCAAGCCUGCACCACUUCUUCCUCUGCUGUGGUGCUGGGGCUCGCCGACUGCGUGCCGCGGUCUCUGGCCGCCGAGCACAGCCUGACCGUGAACCACCACGGGGCCGGCGCCAAGCAAGGCAAGCCGGCUUACACAUACCCCUCUGACGCAGUGGCGAUCGUGGGGCUGGCGUGCCGGUUCCCGGGGGCGGACUCACUGGACGAGUUCUGGCAGCUGCUGCUGUCGCGCACGUCGAUGCUGGGCAAGCUGCCGGCAGAGCGGUUCCCGACCAAAGGGCUGCGGCGGACGCCCAAGGACGACAUCCCGUUCCUGGGCAACUUUUUGCGCGACGGCUACGCCUUCGACAACAAGUUCUUCGGCAAGUCGCCGCGCGAGGCGGCCGCUAUGGACCCACAGCACAAGCUGAUCCUGCAGGUGGCGUACGAGGCGCUCGAGAGCGCGGGCUACUUCAACGGCGACGGCGAGAGGGCGACCGACGUGGGCGUGUACGCGGGCGUGGCGGCGUCCGACUACGAGGACAACGUGGCGUCGCAUGCGCCGACGGCGUUCAGCGUGCUGGGCAUGGUGCGGGCGUUUGUCAGCGGCAAGAUUAGCCACUUCUUCGGGCUGAGCGGGCCGGCCAUGGUGUUUGACACGGCGUGCUCGUCGUCGGCCGUGGCCAUCCACACGGCGUGCCAGGCGCUGCGGGCGGGCGAGUGCUCCAUGGCGCUGGCGGGCGGGGUAAAUGUCAUCACCAGCCCGAUCCUACACCAGAACCUGGCGGCGGCCAAGUUCCUCAGCCCGACGGGAGCGUCCAAGGCGUUCGACGCGCGGGCCGACGGCUACUGCCGCGGUGAGGGCGCGGGGCUGGUGGUGCUGAAGCGGCUGUCGGCGGCCGUGGCCGACGGCGACCGCGUGUACGGCGUGCUGGCCGGGUCGGCGGUCAACCAGAACAGCAACUGCGCGCCCAUCACGGUGCCCGUGUCCGAGUCGCAGACGGCCGUAUACCGGCGUGUGCUCAGCAUGGGCGGCCUGCCGGCCGAGCGCGUGUCGUUUGUCGAGGCGCACGGCACCGGCACCCCCAAGGGCGACCCCAUCGAGUGCGCCAGCAUCCGCGACGUCUUCGGCAACCGGCCCGCCCGCAAGCUAAACUUCGGGUCCGUAAAAGGGAACAUCGGGCAUACCGAGGCCGCUUCGGGAGUCGCCGGCCUUAUCAAGGUGCUGCUGAUGAUGCAGCACCGCACCAUCCCGCCGCAGGCCAGCUUUGAGUCGCUCAACCCGAGCAUCCCGCCGCUCGGCCCGUCCAACAUGGAGAUAGCGCUUGCACCAACGCCGUGGACUGCCGAGUUCAUGGCCGCGUGCGUCAACAACUACGGUGCCGCUGGCAGCAACGCCGCGCUGCUCGUGCUGCAGCCUCCAGGGCCGAGGGCCGCCGUCGACGGUGAAGCCAAGGCUCCGUCCGGGAAAUAUCCUAUCAUGAUCACCGCCAAGUCGGCCGGGAGCCUGCAGGCGUACAGCCGGGCGCUGCUCGAGUUCAUCAGCAGCCGCAGCGGCAAGGCCGAGGCCCAGCAGCAGCUCCUCGCCGACAUGGCCUACGGGUUGGCCGUGCGCCGCAACCCAGACCUGCCGUUCACGUGGAAGACCACGGCCGACUCGCUGGCCAGCCUGACGCAGCAGCUGCAGACUCUUGCGGCCAACCCAGGAACAUCCAUUCAGGAGACCCCUUCUUCUGCCAAGGGCAGCUCCCCUGCCACCCGUCCCGUGGUCCUCGUCUUCUCGGGCCAGACAGGCCGCACCGUCAGCCUGUCGCGCGAGGCAUACGAGAGCUCUGCGCUCCUCCAAAAACACCUUCACGCGUGCGAUGCGGCGCUGACCUCCCUAAACCUCGGCGUCAGCAUCUUUCCCGCCGUGUUCCAGCGGGACCCCAUCGCCGACGUGGUGAACCUGCACUGCGCGCUGUUCGCGGUCCAGUACGCGGUGGCACGCGCGUGGGUCGACACGCUGGGGGUGAGCGUGGCCGCCGUCGUGGGCCACAGCUUCGGGCAGCUGACGGCGCUGUGCGUGGCGGGCGCCGUCUCGCUGGCCGACGGGCUGAAGCUGGUUGCCGGGCGGGCGCAGCUGAUUCGCGACCUGUGGGGUGCGGAGGGCGGCGCCAUGCUCGUGGUGAGCGGCGUGGCGGCGCAGCGGGCCGACGAGCUCGUUGCGGACGCGGUGCGGGACGACGGGCUGGCCGUCGAGGUCGCGUGCUACAAUGCGCCGACGAGCCAUGUCGUGGUGGGGCCAGCGGCGGACGUGGCGCGGUUCGAGCGGCGCGUGGCUGCAGGCGAGGGCGUCGAGGUCAAGCGGCUCGAGGUGACGCACGGCUUCCACUCGGCGCUUGUCGAGCCGAUCCUGCAGCCGUUCCGGGAUCUACUGGCGGAGGUUACGUUUUCAGAGCCGGCUAUUCCGGUCGAGACGUGCUCGCCCGGCGCGUCGUGGGGUGCAGGUGUGACAGCCGAGCUGGUGGCGCGCCAGUCGCGCGAGCCCGUCCAUUUCAGCGAGGCAGUUGCGCGCAUCGAGCGGCGGCUUGGAGGUGGCUGCAUAUGGCUCGAGGCCGGGUCGGGGACCGCGGCCAUGUCGCUGGCACGGCGUGCGCUGCAGGGCCAGCCGGGGGUUGAUGUCUCUGCGCACUCGUUCCACUCGCUGAAGCUCGGCGGCGCGGAUGCCGCUGCCGCGCUGGCUGACGCUACGCUUGGCCUAUGGAGUGCCGGCGUGAGCAUCGCGCAGUUCUGGCCGUUCCAUCGCAGCCAGCAGCACAAGUAUGCCGAGUCCGUGGCGCUGCAUCUGCCGCCGUACCAGUUCGAGAAGCGCCACGACUGGCUCGAGUAUGUUGACCGGCACGGGGGUGCAGACGGGGCCAACAGCGCCGAGGCGGUGGGUGCUGCGGCGGUGGUGCCAGAAAAGCCCACCGACAUGGUGUCGUUCUCGCACUACGCCGACCCAGGCAAGCAGACGACGGCCGUGUUCGAUAUCAACCAAGGAACGGCCGAGUUCGAGGUGUCGAUCGAGGGCCACCGCGUGCUGGGCCACCCCCUGUGCCCCGUGUCGCUGUACGUCGAGAUGGCAACGCGCGCCGCGGCCCUGCUAACGCCGGGCUUUGCCACGGUCACGCACACACCCAGCGUCGACGCCCUCGACAUCUUCACGCCGCUCGGCCUCGACACGUCGCGCCACGCCCAGGUUACGCUGCAACAGCUGCCUCAGACCAAACACGCCUGGGCAUUUUCCGUGCACAGCUUCCCGCUUGGUAGCAACGGUGGAGCCAAAAAGACCAAGCACGCCACGGCCACGGUGCGCAUUGUGCCGGCGGCAGCGCAAGACAAGGCGGCGACGGGCGUGUUUGCGCGGUUCGCAGGGCUCAUCGGCUACGACCGUGCGGCGGCGCUGUUGGCCGAUACGACAGCCUCGGCGGCGGCCAUCCAGGGCCCUCUCGUGUACCGCAUGUUCGACAAGGUGGUCAACUACUCGGGCGUGUACCGCGGCGUGCAGCGCAUCUCGAGUAGGGGGGCUGAGGCCAGCGGGCUGGUGACGUUGCCGAGGCAACCAGGCCCACUGGACAACAAGGCCCUGUGCAACCCCCUAGCCGUCGACAACUUCACCCAGGUGGCCGGGCUGCAGGUCAACGGCCUCGAAGACUGUGGCAAGGACGACGUGUACAUCUGCUCCCGCGUCGACGAGCUGCGUGCUGCCAAGAGCCUCAGGGCCGACGAUGUGGAGGGCGGUGCCAGCGCUGGGCCUUGGCUGGUCUACUCUAACUUCACCCGCCACGGCGACCGCGAGCUGCUCAGCGAUAUCUACGUGUUUGACGCCGCCGACAGGGCACUGGUCAUGACCAUCCUGGGCGUCAAGUUCACCAAGACCAGCGUGAGCCUGCUGCAGAAGGUGCUGGCGCGGGCGAACACGGGCACGCAGCAGGGCCACGUUGCCGCCGUCCCUCCCAAGCCGCUGAUCGGACAUGUUACGGUCGCGGCUCCUCUAAAAGCGACCAGCCUCGAGGCGAGCAAAGUUAGACGGGCAGAGUCCACCGACAGCAAACGCCGCAAGCAAGAACAACAACAAAAAGACGCCGCAGCCAGCCGCCACGAGGUAGAGGCCGCAGUGCGUCAGCUGCUGCACGAGGUGGCCGACGUGCCGCCUGCCGACAUCCGCGACGACACGCUCCUGGCCGACGUGGGUAUCGACUCACUUAUGGCGACCGAGGUCAUGACAGCCAUCAGCGACAAGUUCAGCGUGAACCUCUCGGCAGCCGAGUUCCAGGGCCUGCUCGACUUCAAGGCGCUGUGCGCGGCGGUGCAGCCACGCCUCGACACGCCAACGCACCACAGCAGUAGCCUCGCGUCGACAAGCGACGACUCGGCUGACGAAGACGACGGCGACGACCAGCUUCUGGCGUCGGGCCCGAGCAUCGGCACGCCCGCGUCGAGCGUGGCGGGCGCGUACGAGGCACCGGAGCGCGACGAGCUGGUGGCCCGGCUGCAGAAGCUGGUGGCUCGGCACCUCGACGUCGACGAGACUAUCGCGCCGGGGCUGCUCCUGGCCGACGCAGGUGUUGACUCGCUGCUGGGCAUCGAGCUGGGUGCCGACAUUGAGAAGGAGUUCGGCACCGCCAUCGACAUGAUGCAGCUAACGGCCGGCAGUACGUUUGGCGACCUGACCAACAUGAACAACCUGCUAGUCCAUGCCGCCGACGACUUUCACCAGAUCCGGUCUGACUACCAGCGCUUCGCCCGCGAGGCCGGCUGGGCGGGCUUCUACGAGCACGUGUACCCGCAGCAGCGGCAGCUCGUGCUGCACUACGUGCUCGAGGCCUUUGCCGAGCUCGGGUGCGAUGUCGCCGGGCUACCGGCUGGCGCCACGCUCCCACCAGUGCCGCACGUUCCCAAGCACGCCAAGGUCAUGGGGCAGUUCGCCAAGGUGCUGGCUGAGUCGUCGCUUGUGGAGCCCCUGCCCGAGGGGGACAACAAACCCCUGAUCCGCACAUCCGUCCGCGUCGACAAGUCAGUGAGGGCCGAGGCACUGUUCCAGCGCGCGGUGGCGGCGCAUCCACAGCACGCGUCCGAGCUCAAGCUGCUGCGGUCGACGGGGUCGCAGCUGGCGGGUGUGCUGGCUGGCCGCAUCGACCCGCUGCAGAUCGUGUUCCGCACCAAGGCCGACCGCGACCUGCUCGAGGACGUCUACACCAACUCGCCCAUGUUCUCGACAGGCACCAAACUGCUGUGCAACUUUUUCCGCGCCACGCUAGCCCGGCAUGCCGCGCAGAACGGAGGCCGCCAAGGCGAGCCCCUGCGCAUCCUCGAGCUCGGCGCCGGGACGGGCGGCACGACCAAGGCGCUCCUCGAGACGCUGGCAGCGCUGGGUGUCGACUUUGUGUACACGUUCACGGACCUGUCGCCGUCGCUGGUGGCGGCGGCCAAGCGCAAGUUUGGCCCGCGGUACGGGGCGCAGGUCGAGUUCGCCGUGCUGGACGUCGAGAAGGCGCCGCCGGCGCACCUGUUGGGCAAGUUCCACGUGGCGCUGGCGUCUAACUGUGUGCAUGCCACAAAGAGCCUGCUCGUGUCGUCAGCCAACACCGGUGCGAUGCUGCGGCCAGAUGUCGGCGUGCUGGCUCUGCUCGAGCUGACGCGCAACCUGUACUGGCUAGACUGCGUGUUCGGGCUGCUCGAGGGCUGGUGGUUGUUUUCUGACGGCCGCAAGCAUGUUCUGGCAGACGAGCUGCGCUGGAAGGACAAUCUGCUGGCUGCUGGGUUCCGGCACGUCGACUGGAGCGACGACGGUAGCAAGGAGUCGGCGCAGUUCCGCCUGGUGGCCGGGUUCAAGGCCCCGCCGCUGCUCCAUCUAACCCAGCAGCUGGCAGUCCAGAGGCUGCCGACCAAGGAGACGGUCGAGUUCCAUCGCGCGGAUGGAGUCCCGCUGAUGGCGGAUAUCUACUACCCCGACCAGCCUGACCCGGCCGGGCGUAGGCGGCCCAUUGCUCUCAUGAUCCACGGCGGCGGACACAUCAUGCUAUCGCGCAAGGAUAUCCGGCCGCGGCAGACGCGCCUGCUCCUCUCGCGCGGCUUCCUGCCAGUGAGCAUCGACUACCGGCUUUGCCCGGAAGUGACGCUGCAAUCGGGGCCCAUGACCGACGUGAGCACAGCGCUCAGCUGGGCGCGCAACAGCAGCGGGCUCGCCCAAAUCGUCUCGUCACACCGGCCCGACAUCACCGCCGACAGCUCGCGCGUGGCGGCCGUGGGCUGGUCGACGGGCGGCACACUGGCCAUGUCGCUGGCGUGGACGUCCGCCAACGCGCCCGACGCGAUCCUAACCUUCUACAACCCAUCGCACUACGAAGACGCGUUCUGGCGCUCGCCCAACUUCCCCGAGGGCACGACGCCCGCGCAGGCGGCCGCCGACGCCGCGGCCAACGACAUCCUCGAGGGCGUGCACGACAAACCAAUCACGGCGUACAACGUGCCGGCCGAGCGGCGCGCCGUGGGCGGGUGGCUGGACGCCGUCGACCCGCGCUCGCGCAUCGCGCUGCACAUGAACUGGCGCGGCCAGGCGCUCCCGGUGCUGCUCGACGGCCUGCCGACGCGCCAGGCGCUGGCUGGCGGUGGCGCGAGUGAUGAGGAUAAGAACAGAAACUGGCACCACCGCCCGCAGCCCGACGCGGCGCGCGUCGCCGAGGUCAGCCCGUACGCGCAGAUCGUCAAGGGCGCGUACCGCACGCCGACGUUUGUCGUGCACGGCACGGCCGAUGAUCUCGUGCCGUGGCAGCAUUCAGUGCAGAUCAAGGAGGCGCUGACGGCCCGCGACGUGCCGGCUGGUGCGGCGAUUGUGGAAGGCGCGGUGCAUUUGUUCGAUCUGUACCGCGACGGCGACGGCAAGGGCUGGGAUGCCGUGUGCGAGGGCUACGAGUUUCUGUGUCGCCAGGUUGGGCUCUAGAGGGGCGUGAGUGUAGACUUUAGAGGGGGGGUUUUGCGCGUUUUUGGUUUGCAUUGUUUGAUGGCGUUCGUGGUGGGAUUCAGAUUGUAACUGUUGGAUUUCGAUGGCGUUCGUGGUGGGAUUCAGAUUGCAACUGUUGGAUUUCAUGUGACGGAUGGCGUUUGGCGGUG